AGGGGAGUGAAUUUUUCAAUUCAGAUCUGUUUUUAUCAUCCAAUUACAUUAGAAAAAUUACAUCUCCAAUAUUUUGGUUUGCUUAAUUUGAUUAGCCAGGGUGGUAUUUGCAUAGGGCACAUGUAGUUGACGGCCUAGAUGUGACAGUGUGUCUCUUUUCCUUCAGUGAACCUGUCACACAGUACUUGUAUCUGAACCAAUGUUGAUCAACCCUCUCAGCUAUUGAGAUAGGGGGUAACGUUUACCCCCUAAUGUACCGACCUGAUUAUUGCUAGUCCACUUAUCAACACCUGCAGAGUGCGUCAUCUGUGCACUUGAUCACGCUGCUGAAUCCUGGACUGAGACUCUUGUUGAAAAGAUUGAUAUACAAGCAGAACAAGUUCCAUAAACUUUCAUUCUCUGCUGGCUGCUUGAUUAUCCAUUGUUUGGUGAUACCGGGACAAUAUCUACUGUGAUACUGUGAGAUAUAUUCAAGGAAUACGUAAUUAUCCCACGAUAUUCAUGAGGAGAAGUAUUUGAAACUACUCUGAGAGUUUGUGUUGCUGUUUGACGGGAAACUUGUAACAUGGGAUAAUUGUUGUGUUGAUGUUUUCAUCAGCUCGUUGAAGUACAGUUAGUUUUUCUAUUGACUAAAUCUUUCAACAUUCUGUUGACGUGUUCAAAACUGCGAUUUUGAAAUUUUGGAUGUCAAAACAAAAAUAGAAGUGAGUUAGAUGCUCAUUUGGGAUGAGUAAUGUAACCGUGUCUGCGAAGCUUACAUAGGAUCGCAGUUUCAGUGGAUGUAUCCAUUUUGAGUGUGACGGCGACGGAAGGAACUCCUUGAUUUGACUGUAGAAGACACAGCUGUGGACAGGUGUAUUCCCUUGUGUGGACAACCUAUCUCUGUGUUGACAUAACAGGAUUAUGUGGUCACUACUGACACGUGCAGACAGAAGGACCAACAAUGCAGAUACUGACUGAUGGAAGCCUGGAGGCGCGGAUGUAUAGUUUAUUUGCGCUGUGAUUAAUUUUUGUGAAAUCAAGAUCUGUGAUUCUUUUCCACUUUUUGGGUUAGUUGUUUAAUUGGACAUCUUUAUCAUUUCUGUCUUGAAUUUUUGAUAGUUUCAGGAGUUGUUUUUCCAAUUUCUGGCAUUUGGAUAAUUUUGAUUUGUGGAUGUGAUUAGGUGGACUUGGAGUGUUUUUGGGUGGAACACUGGAAUAUUUCAUGAAGUGAUUUGAUAUCAUCAAACUCAAGAAAAAGUGUGAAAUGGAAUCUAUGCUGAAUCAGCACAAAGUGAGACAUUGACACUGAGUAGACUACAAACUCCCACCAUAUUUGCUAAAAAGGUUUUAUCUGGAUUCUACAGCUGCGUUUAUCACCCUGUCAGAAUGAAGAGGCCCAAGUUGAAGCAGACUAUGGACAGUCAGCUGUUCUGUGAGGCACAUCUACCCAACACACCCGGCCCAGGUCCAACACCAGAACCAGAAGACAAAAAUGCAGACCUGUUUGAGAUGUUGGAACGUCUGCAGGGCAAACGGAUUGACGACCAGAGGUGUGAUAUGUCAGCGUUCUUCAAGGGUCCUGAUUUUUUCGACACUCUCCUUAAAUACCAAAGUCGGCGCUACGAAGAUCAACGGUGCACGAUGCCGCUACCAAAACCCAUCCAGGCCCCGCCUAUUGCACCAGCAAAGGAGGAAAACGAGAGUAUCAAACAGCUGCUGGCAAAACCAGGCCCCUACCCCAUGGUGGUGCUGCCCCCUGAUAGGGGUUACUGGUUGGAAGGGGAGGCAAUCCAGUCCAACACUAUGGACAGUAGCGGGAACCUCAUCAUCCCAGAGUGCAACCCAGAGCAAUUCAGCCUUGACCUUGAUGAAACUGCUCUAGUUUACAGGCACCAGUUCCUUGGGAAGGAGCACUUCAACUACUACACAGUGGAUGAGAAUGUGGGUCCAAUUGUCAUGUCUAUCAAGACAAGCCCAGAGACAGACAAUGAUAUCAGAGUCAUACUCAGAACGCGGUUCAGUACUAAACAUGAAGUGGUUCCAUCCAGUAAGCUUGAAAAUCCCAAUCCAGCCAAACUAGCUAAGUGCUUAUGUGAAGACAUCACAACAGAUAGGUUUCAACCCGUGUUAUCCUUAAAGGGUUCCGAUCUAGUAGUGUCUUACGAUGAACAUGUCCUUACAAGUACCUUCAAGUUUGGUAUCAUAUACCAGAAGUUUGGGCAGACUUUCGAGGAAGACCUGUUUGGCAAUGUGACACACAGUCCUGCUAUGGAGGAAUUCCUUCAGCUUAUUGGGGACAAGGUGCAGCUGAAGGACUUCAAGUGCUUCCGUGGUGGCCUGGACACACUACACGACCAGACGGGUCUGGAGUCUGUCUUUACACACUACCGGGAUAGUGAAAUCAUGUUUCAUGUCUCUACCAUGCUUCCUCACACGGAUGGGGACCCACAACAGUUACAGCGUAAAAGACACAUAGGGAACGACAUCGUAGCCAUCAUCUUCCAGGAGGAGAAUACACCGUUCAUUCCGAACAUGAUCGCCUCCCACUUCCUCCAUUCCUACAUUGUAGUGCAGCCCAUCAACCCCAACACUGACCACACAGCAUACAAGGUGUGUAUUACAUCCAGGAAAGAUGUGCCAAAGUUUAGCCCAGCUCUCCAGAAACCUGCAGUAUUUAAAAAGGGACCAGAAUUCCGUGAAUUCCUCCUGACGAAGCUGAUCAAUGCAGAACUUGCUUGCUACAAGUCUGAACAGUUUGCUAAACUUGGGGAGAGGACACGAACGUCUCUUCUCGACUCCUUACAGCAGGACCUUCACAAGAAAAAUAUUGAAUUAUUCGGUUUCUCCCUCCUUCCUGGCUCCAAACAGGAAGGAAGUCGUCUGUUUGACUCAGUCAAACGAGCAUUCAGUGGGAAGGGACGGAGCCAGUCCUUUGAAUCAAAUUUACCGGUUGGCAGUCGUAAGAGCAAUGGCAUUCCUACAUCACUUCCAACAGUCGGAGAAGAUGAGAAGAAUUCACCAUCACCGGUGAAGAAGUCUCCCUCCACUCCUCGUAGUCUAGUCCGACAGUUCUCAAGUAGUCUUGAGAAGAAAUCCAAAGAUAAAGGGUCUCGUCAGGACAGUCAGGGGUCUGUCAGCAUGUCAUCCUACAUCACUUGCAGUCCCCCUCCUUCCCCCCAGUCUAGUCCCAGCAGCAUCUCAUCAGCAACAAGAAUCAACCACAAUAGUGUUCAGUUGUCUCCCUCCAACUCUGAGAGUAGCUUCAACAGCAUAGACGACUUCACGCCAACACACAACAACCACGACCAUGAAGACUCUGACACAGGCAUGGAGAGUAUGUCAUCAGCCGGUACCCCCAGCAACAAUAUCCGUGCAUCCCUCUCCAAUAGCUUCAGUGAAGAUGGUGGCUGUGUGUUUUCAUUGGAUGGUGAAAGUGAUGCUGUUACCCGGCAAGCCGACCUGUUGAAGGCAGAGGUACAUAAACUACGAUGUGAGAAGUUAGAACUGCUCAGACAAAAUGUGACUAGUCAGCGGGAGAUCAAAAAGCUAAAGGAUCAAGAACUAAAGUUGAUGACCGAUCUCGCUCAAGUCACGCGUGAAUUGCAGAGACGCAAGUUUCCCGUCAUCGAGAUAAGUCCAGAGGCAACAGUAUAAUGACCUUCACCUUCAUAAUCAAUGCCAUUCAGACCUCCAUAUGGCCUUCCUGGAAUGUCAAGGAGAUGUGCUUUUCUGGACCAAAGACUCAAUAAUUGUCAUCAAGUGCCAUAACUGCAAUUCAGCUCAUACGACCUUCACCUUCAUAAUGUGACCAGUAAUAUGUGACCAAGAGUUGAUGUCAGUGCUAGGUUCUAAGCUCAAGACAGUGACCUUCACCUUUUUGAUGACCUUCACCUUAUUUUCAUGUUUUUAUGACAACUUCAUAAUAACUUCAAUUAACUGUUCUUUCAACAAGUUGUUUGAAUGGCUGAAGGACAGUUAUGUCCAUAUUUAGGCUGGAUCUUACAAGGCUGACUUUGUAUUUCAAAGCUUGAAAAAUAAUCCAUCAUGUACAUACAUGUAUAUAUGAGACAAGCAGUGCUGAAGUAAUGUCACAGUAUCAUGUUGCUACUCCUUGUGAUUACAUGAAAAAUGGCAAGGUUUGAAUAUGGUGCAUUUGAGCUUUCUGAUAUAUUCCUGGAAUCAAACCUGGACAGUUAAAGGACAUGUGUGGCACUUUGAUACAGCACUUAAGCCUGAAAGUAUACUGUUUCUUAAACGGUUUUAGCUUUUUGACCUUGAUGGCAUACUGACCAUGACCCAGAUUUGAAGCAGGAUUGAAGCGUGUCUGAGGGAUGAAACAGGUAUCAACUGGGACCUUAGGGAGGGCAACACAGAGACAUUAAGUGUGAAAAUAACAGGACAAAUGUGAACUCUGUAUUAAUGGUGCGUGGUGCAAGGAAUACCAUUCAUUUCAUGUUUUUGUGUGACUGAACAGUCUUCAACACAGUCUUGGAUUGCAUGGUAAAAUUUUAUUUGCAGUUCUUGGUUGUUUGGACACACUAGUGUCAGAAGAAUAUUCUGUGGAAAUUGUGUUCAGAGCAAUGACAGUACAAUAAGAAGUAUCACUUGUGCAUUGAAGGAGAAAAUAUUAUCUGACAGUGGUUGAGGAAGAUGGAAGUUCUGGACCAGCAAUCAGAAGGUCUUUAAGAAUCUUGCUUUUUGGUCAACUCUUCCUGAUAACUUGUCCAAAACAAGAAAAUGGUCUACGAUUUUCAGGGCAGUGAAAGUCAAACACACCUUUGACAUUUGUAGAAACAUCUGAAUGGAUGACACCAUCAAAGUGCUCAGUGUUACCAUGGAAACUGCAGUGUCUACAAUGAUGGUCUCUGGGGACUUUUACUCUUAGGUACUGGGAUUUUAGGAAUUGUUCUGGAUGUAUGGAAUUGUUCUGCACUUCAUGGAAUUGUUCUGCACUUCAUGGAAUUGUUCUGCACUUCAUGGCAUCCUCAACAGAUUUCUAAGCAGUCAAUUCAAAACAUUGUCCAAGCUAUCAUGGUUCAGACAACAGAAAAAAGAGACUGACAAAUGUUUCGAUGAAUUGAUUCUCCAUGUGAAAGUUUGAUCAAGAGAUGGGAUUAUUACUGUAGAGUUCAGUAUUACAAGACUCAAUGCUGUAAAACAGAUCAACAGAAAGAAUGAAUGUUUCUGUUGAAUAUAUUUGUAGACAAACAGGAGAUGAAAUAUCAAUGUUGACAACGCAGAGAGCUGGAAAAGUGUGUGAAUCUGGCCAAUAAUGGAGAACGAGAACGUGCCAUGUGUGUAUAUAGAAGAAAACAUAUCACAAGUAGCAGUGAUGGUUAGUAUUGCCUGAGUACUUUGACCUGACUUAAUUUGCAUAUUUGUUAUAGCCAAGGUCAUGCCUGGUCAGAUAACAUAUAUCUUCUGAUUUGAUUAAAAGACUUGACAUGAGGGAGACAUUUCAGAAACUGACCAGCCAAUGAGGAAAUCAUAUAAACAUUGAAAGUUUUGUUCGGAAUGAGUGGGAGCCGUGCCAAUUACACUUGUAAGAGGGGUUCACAAAGUUACAGAAUAAGUUUGUCAGGUCAAGGUCGCGAUUCAGUAUUGACCACAUCCAGUAUGGAAAGGCUGUCUACAAGGAAAUCAAGGUGUGAUACCCUUCCCUAGAGUUCUUUAUGUGACAGCAAAGGUCUUGAAUGAAGGAUAACAGGAAUAUGGAUUUGCUUGCCUCACUGAUUAUAACUAAAGUCAAUAGUUGAUGAUCUAUUAUGAUAGUGUGAAUAUUUGAAUCCAAAUAUUUGGGACUUUGCAUGUUGCGACUAGUCAUUAUUGAAUUACCAGUUUAUUCAGAGCCAAUAACCUGAAAUGAAUGGAAUGCAUGCUCCUGAUUUGGUCCAUUUCCCUGUGUGAUCUUGAGCAGAUGUUUUUCCCUCUUUUAUGAUUAUGUUCACUGAUUGUUGCUUGUAACAAAUUCUAAAACCCAGUGGGUUAUUCAGAGUUUUAUUGGUAAAACAUUUGGGAUGAUGAUGUUGGAUUGAGAGUUUAUUAUGAGCUUUACCUCAUUUAUGUCAGUUAUUCGUCAUUUAAACCAGAUCCUGAUCACAAGUUUGUCACUUUCUGCCAAUUGUAUCUAGAAAAACUGGGGUAUUGUAUUUGGGACAAAUGAUCAUUUGUCAUCUAACCAAUGGUUUACAAUUACAAUGUAAUUGGUUGUAAGAUGGCAUCUGAUUGGUUGUCACAGACAAACUGUGAUUGGUUGUAACAGGCCAUCUGAUUGGUUCUCAACUAACCAAUGGUUUAAUAGAUUAAGUGCUGAAUAUCCAUUUACUUCAGGUUUAUUAAAUAUUGCUGCUGUAUAACUGAUACAACCCAUCAUCCAUACCUCACAGUCCCGUAUAAUACAGAUGGGAUUCAACAGAUUGGUUACAGUGAGGAAUCCCAAUGAUAAUGAGUCCACAAACCCUUCAAAUUGUGUACAGAGUGGACUUUCUGUGCUUAAUGUGUACAUGAAUAUGUAAAUUAUUUAUAUACCUUUGUCCAAAUAUGGACUGAUGUUUUAGUGCUGACCGUGUUUAAAUAGAAACUAUUUGAUCACAGGACUGUCAUGUUUUUCAGUGCAAUAUUAACUGUCUUUGUAAUGUCUGUAACUUUUUGUUGGCAUAUGUGUAGUUUUGCGAAGGACUGUUUGCUAAUUGCCUUUAAUCAUAAAUGGCGCCAUGUUAGCUCUGAAUCAAAUUUUAUUAACCUCAUUUCUUGAUUGUAUUUUUUUGUUUGGUCUCGGAUCCAUAUACGUAUUUGGUACAUUGAAAAAUGUGUAGAUAAGGCAUUUUUGGUAAAUCUAGGUUUGGAUUUUUAUCAAUUAAGCCAUAAGAGAAUUUGGUAAUUUGCAAUUUUGAAAUCUAAAUUUUGUUAAUACUCUCUUCUGUGACCUUGAUCUGUGCUGGAUUAUUAAGACUGUACAAAGCCUGUGUAUUGAAUACUCGAAAUUGAUACAAAGUUGCAUUCAAUACAGUAUGGUACAUGUUGUAUUUAAUACAAUUACACAGUAGAAUGUUCUAUUGGAUAUAAUUGUAUGAUACAGUACUGUAUCCAAUACACUUAUUUGAUGCUAUGCUGUAAAGACAAAAGAUGUUGUAUUGAAAACAGUAUGAUUUGUUGUAUUAAGUACAAAAUCAUGUGGUAUGAAUACAAAACAUAUUGUAUUGAAUACAAUAAUACAUGCUGUAUGAAAUACAAUAUUAUAUUAUGUAUUCUUAACCAUAUGAUAAAAUGUAUUGAAUACAACAGCAAAGAUUCAAUGCUGUAUUGAAUAGAAUACGAUGAUACAAUGUCGUAUCGCCUCCCAUUGUUCUAUAGUUCAGUGUAUAUUUUGUACAAUAGAUAUGCCCCAGUAGGUAGCGCUUGCCGAUUGGUGCUGUAAAUACAAGUGAGCGUCAUCUGCAUUAAACGUUUUAGAAUCAUUCAUUGGUUUAUUUUUGUAACUUGAACUGGGUUUGUCUUGAACAUUGUGUUGUUGUAAUUUUGUAAGUCUCUCUUUUGGUCCAUUUUUGUGAUAGUAUUACCAAGAAUGUUAUCAUUUCAGGGCAACUUUUAAACUAACUCUUAUAUUUCAAAUAUUCAUUCCUAAUACUUUUUUAUGAGGGCAGAUUUCGUCUUUUUCCUACUACAUUUGCUGGUGUAUCUAUCUGAGUGGUUCUAACACGGGAAUUACAAAGGAAUCCGACAAUAUCACAAACAAUGAAUCACAAUCAACAUGAUCUAAAAUCAGUCAAAAUCAAACAAAUCUGGUGACAAAUACAUGAUACAGAAAUAGGUAUAUGUUUUGAUAUGUCUCUUUCUGCAUCAGGCCUAACGCUGAAAGCAAAGAAGGAAACUGCUGGAUAAGUAGACUACUCUGUUGGGGUUAUCUCCCUUGCAGGCUCAAUAUGUCACCCACUAAAAAAUGUCAAACAACAAGCAUGUGAACAGCUAGUCAGAGUUUGUCGUUUCUUGGAAAAAUCAAAGUUUUGUAACUGAUUCCACAAGACAAGGGAUGAACUUUUCAAGAAAAUAGUAUGUUUCAAGUCUUGUUUGUGAAGGACCAGGGUCCACAUCUGCAGGAGUCUCAAGGUCCAAUGUUUUCAAGGACAUUCUGGACUUGAAGUAGAAUACUGAGGCAAAACAUAAUGAUUGCACUUCCAGUGGCCCAUCAUCAAUUAUCAAGUGUUCUAUGCCUCCUUUCUAUAAUGGUCAUGCCCUGUACACAGACACUGACAAGUCAUUACUCGGUCCCUAAUGUUGAUCUUAACAGAUACAUGUAGAAUGGAGAUGGCAUAGUUUUGAUAAUCGAAGAUGCCACUUACCUGACAACUCAUCAUUUCACUUUGGAACCUGGAUAUUUUGUGCACAUCUGGAUUUAGUUUUCAAGAAAACAUACCCGCUUUGAAAAUAAAAAAAUAUUAGUUUUAAUCGCCCUUCGGGACAUGUCACUAGGCAUUUUUUGUUAAAUUUUUACAAUAUUUGUCAUUUAAUUGUUUAAGUUUAUGAUCUAUUGCCUGUGACAAUGUAUUUAAGUAUUUUGCAUCAAAAUUGCUAUGGGUAAUAGGGCCUUGUUGUCCUAUGAAAGUAUUAUGGGUAACGAUACAUGGUUAGGGCCAUCGGAAUAUUCUACUGUUGAGACUGGAUAAUGGAUGUGGACCCUGAACAUGAAUGAAUUUUCAGGGGCUGUGUAUGGACAAACUGUUAAUCAUCCAUGAUGUCAGGAGUACAUGGAUACGAUAGUAUUUAUUUUAUUCAUGCAGCAGUGCAUAAUGAUUUAUUUUGUCAAAAUGUUAAUAAAGCUGUAAAGUAAUCAA